UUUACUGUCAAAAAAAGUGUAUAAUGUGUGCAUUUAAUCCAUUUAGUCCUACUUUUUAAACUAAAAAUAAUUAAGUCAGUUUAACAUUGAAAUGGCUUCUAGAAGUUUAACCGAUGUGUUUUUAUUAAUGAGGAAUAAUGCUAUAAGAAGUCGGCAUAUUUAUCCUGAUCAGGAUAAUUCGGAACGAAUGCAUUUGGUGUCCUUAAACGACGUGGAGGAAGGCACAAUAGAGAGAAAUGAUAAUCGUAUGCCUCCGGUAUGGAUAGACUACCUAGAAAAAGCUCAAAUGAUCAUUCCGAAAUUAAAAUCAAAGAUAAACGAUUUAAAAAUGUUACAUUCCAGGCACUUACAUAGAUCUACUUUCGAUGAAAGUUCAGAUGAUGAAGUGGCUAUCGAAAACUGUUCACAUGAGAUAUCCCGAAUGUUCAAUGAAUGCCACAGGCUGGUUCAAAUUAUUAGAAGUCAUUCGUCUGAGGGAAUUGCGAAAGAAAAACGACUUACAGUCAAUGUAUACCACUCUUUAGCGACGGCUUUGCAAGAGUUAUCAACUUUGUUCCGGUCUACUCAAAAUAGUUAUUUGCGACAAAUACAAUCGAGAGAGGAUCGGUCAAAAAUAUAUUUUAAUAACCAGAAUAUUGAUCUAGAAAAUUUUUACACUGAGGAGUCCGAAGAUAUAGAUAAUUAUUUCAUAAACUCCAAACAGAUGUCACAACAACAGUUACUGAUGUUGGAGGAAGACAAUACCAGAUUGGCUCAAGAAAGGGAGCAGGAAGUAAAUGCCAUUGUCAAAUCUAUAAUGGACUUGAACGAUAUCUUUAAAGACUUGAGCCAGAUGGUUGUAGAUCAGGGCACAGUAUUAGAUAGGAUAGACUAUAACAUUGAGCAGACUUCCAUUCAGGUGUUUGAAGGUUUUAAGCAACUACAAAAGGCUGAUGCGUAUCAGAGGAAAAAUCGGAAAAUGUGUGCUAUUAUUGUGCUAGCGGCGAGUGUUAUAUUGUUAUUUUUUAUUUUGAUUAUAGUUAAGUCCUAGUCACCAUACCUCUGUAUAUAUAUUAAAAUAUUUAAGUGAGCCAAAUAUUUAUUGAAUUAAAAACAUCUUAUUUUAUAAA